CCCCAACCUUUAAACCCUAAACGGCAACCAAAUCCUGCAAUUGCACUGGCAUUGAACUUUUGACCGUCUCUUUGUCAUGGCGUCGGCCUGUAGCAGAUUCAUCAGAAGAACGGCUCUUUCGCCCCUCAAGUCAGCCGUUAAAUCGAAAAUUCGAACACCUUCGUUUGAUGGGUCUGCAACAGCACCAUCUUCAAGUGUUCCUCUUUCAAGUCGAUCCAACUGCACGGCUCCUAGUCGUCAUUUCUCCUUGUUGAAUAGAUCACCAGCGGAACUUGGAUGCGCGCAUUCUUUGUUGCCUCUCCACAGUGCUGUCGCCGUUGCGAGGCUUACAUCAUGUCUGAGCUCGAACUCGAGGUGCUGCCGCGCUCUCUCACAGGAGCUCGGUCUAUCCGUUCCAAGGUGACAGUGUAAGCAGAUCACAUUUUGACAACAUCUAUCUUCUUGCAUUCAGAGACACAGGCUGUUGUAAUUCUUACUCAAUGAUAUUGAUUUGGAAAUUAUACAGAGCGGUAAAAAUAUUUUUGAUUUUUCCCAA